GACAACUUCAGUCGAGCUGUGAGUGCGGAAACGAAAGGGUGUCGUCUAAAAUCGUCUUGCGACCGGCGUUUCUGUUGGAGCAUCUCUUGAGAACGAAGUGUGACUAUAAAACACGUUCGUACUGUGUUGCUAGCAUGAUACAGUCUGAUCUGUAUAAGGUACGAUAUUCGAAGUGAUUACUCUUGAUGGAUCAAAGUGCUCUGACGUCUUUCCAUUGGUAAAUGAUUGGUUUAAGUGAGUAAAGUAGCUACGAGAUUUAACAUAACUUGGGCCAAUCAUCUCAACUCAAUGAUAGCGGCUAUCCAAUACACCUGUAUAUGCUUAUGAGGUUGUGGGUUAGAAUUGUUUAAUUUAAACUGGUGGCACUACGUCUUGCUAAGCUGUGACUAAUUUUAUUCCUCGACUUUGACUGACUAGAGAGUCUGGACGUUGGCGGACUAGCUAUUUACAAAUUGUUCAAUUGCAUGCUGUGUUAGCAGCUGAAAAUUGAAGCUUCCGUCGCAUCUGCUUUGUGAAGCAAAUAAAUAUUCUGCCACCAUGCCUCCCAUUGUGUCGCAAAUCACUGAACAUCACAACGCUGCGCACCAUCCAGAACUGCAGAGAACUGACUCGGUUCUGCGAUCUCAUUUCGAUCGAUUCGAAGACUACGAACUCGGACAACAAAAACAACAACAUAAAGCAAUCGGCGGUCAUUUGAUGCUCAGCAAACAAAGUUCGACUCCCGUUGGACAUCCUGCUUUGCCUUUGAAUUUCCUAAGUGUCACAGUGCAAAAAAUGGGCCUCAUUCCCAACAACGGCGUGUCAGAGGGCCUUCUGGGUCCGGCAGCCAUAGACCCCGGCCUCAUCAACGGCAGUGGCUUGCAUAGACGUCUUGACAGGUCCCAUUCUGAACCCGUGUGGCCCCAGCAACAGCAGCAGCUACCGCCGGACACCAGACCUGGCAGCAAUUCUUCUCGCUACAAGACCGAGUUGUGUCGUCCCUUUGAAGAGAACGGCUUCUGCAAAUACGGUGAUAAAUGUCAGUUUGCCCAUGGUGGCGUGGAGCUGCGAACCCUUAACAGACAUCCCAAGUACAAGACUGAGCUCUGCAGAACCUUUCACACAAUUGGCAUUUGCCCUUACGGUCCUCGCUGUCACUUUAUUCACAACGCUGAAGAGAGCAGGGUUUUAUCGCCUAUCAUGUCAGCCAUGCCCAUGACUGGUCCUCUCCCUAGUAUGCACAUGACGAACAGCCCCCCUCCUGCACUUAUACAUUCUCCUCACACUCCUCUGUCGAUCAAUUCUCCUAAGACGCCCUUGCCUACGAUAUUUGACAAGCACUCUCCGCCUUCUUCUAUACACGGAGGCUCACCAACGGCCUCUGGAGUCUUCUUCGACGACGCCAACUUCUCCCUCUUUCAGGGGCAUCUGCUCGAAGGCCUUGCUGAGACUUUCGCCCAGUCCCUGCACUUGAAUAAGAAGCAGUCGCAGAACUAUCAGACCAGUUUCAACAACCAGCUGCAUAACCACCUCAACAACCAGCUGAGCGCCAGCAGCUACCACAGCAGCAGUUCGGGCAGUGCCAGUCCUGUGACGUCCUGUAGCCCUCAGUUCGGGGAGUGUAACCCUCAGUUCGGCGAGUGCAGCCCUCAGUUCGGGGAGCUCCUCAACGAUGCUCCAACUCUGGACACUCCCCCCGCCAGUCCCCCCGAUUCCUCGUUCCCCAUAGGCGAGGAUUUUAGUGUGAACUCGUCUCUGAGACUCCCGAUCUUCCAGAGCAUCAACGCAGUGCAGUAGCUUCCACUGCAUCGACGGAAUGAUGGUAAUACGUUACUCGACGCAAAAUUCUUUUUACUUUUUUUAUGGAACGCAAGAUUUUUUUUCAUAUUUCACGGAGGACUGUAUUCCAGAAACUGUCAAUGGAAACUGCUGGGCAAUGGAAACUGUAAAAAAUUUUCUGGAGUCGCCUGCGAACUUUUAUUUAAAUUAUAUGGGAAGAACCAUUCAUUAACUAUUAAAAAUACUUUGUUCGUUCCCUGUAUUUGUGAACUUAGAUCUGUUGUUCAUCGUUGGAUAAACUUCUCAUUUACUGUAUCGUAUCCCAUGGAAUUUACGUUUAGAGGAAAUAAUGUAGUAAAAUAUUAGUUGUAAGGGCGCGAAUCUUGAUUUUUUUCACGUAUCCGUUCGAGGAAACGAUUUUUCUUGGCAUUGAAGUUUUGUUCUUGUACGUUGAGGAGAUCCUCAGAAACUACACCUGCAUAUAUACGAGUAUAUACAUUUAACGUAUAAUCUGCGAAUACUUAGGUUUAGUACCUGUGUAUAACACGGUAUGUACUCGAACGUGAUUUACUUGGUGCACUUGCUAGUUAAGUAACUUUAGUGUUUCAGCAAGUAGUUUUUCAGAAGGUGGUGAUGCGGAUGCUAGACUUGCAACCUCAACAAGAACAGCAACACAAACAAUAUAAAUUAUCAAAUUUAUGUGUAAUGGACAAUUUUUUUGUUUUUACCAUGAGCCGCACUCUUGAUCAAUUCAUUGGAUUCAACGUCACUUAUUUUAUAUAUAUAAAUUUGAGGCAGGCUAGGUGAUGAAUUCCAUUUAAUUUCCUGAAAGUUAUAUGUUAAGUAUGAGAUUUUUUUGCCAUUUUAUUUGUAUCUCUGCUUUGCUGUCUCAGAAGACUAGGCAAGAGGCUUUUAUUUCCUGUCAAUCAGGUUCUUAUUUGACGAUCAUAUAUAAAAUAUUUUCGUACCCUUGGAUUGUCCAAAACUAUUGAUGAAGAUGCACGUGACGAAACUGCACGUGACCCUCCUAUGUAUUUUGCAUUCUUAUUUAUUUGUCCAUAGCUUUGACGAUGUAUGGUUAUUUUCUUAAUACUAACGUACGACUUGUCGAUGUACAUAACUCAUAAUGAUGGAGGUCAUUUACUCUUCGUAUCACCCACAAAGCUGCUAUUUUAAUUCGCUCCUUACGAGACCUUUACUUUUACUUUCGCUAGAGCGAUGUAAGUGCAAGCGCUCAUUGUACCUUGUUCCCCUAGGUUAUAACUUAAUCCCCGUCUCCAAUAUUCUAUUGCUAGUAAUAUAUUAUAAUUUUUAGUCCUACUCUUUAAGUUGGUGUGGCAGCUUUUGGUAAGCACAAAUUCACUCUUUUGUCAAAAAUUUAAUUUGAUUUUAAUUUGAAAGGUUUUUAGUAUCUGAAAUUCUCAUAAGCUUCAUUAUGAAUAACAUCACUUUACAUGAAACAUGUUCACGUCGAACUUCGUUGUGUUCGCAUAACGCUGUGUUCGCUUAUUCCCUCCGAGUUUAUACGGGCGAAGGGAAUGCUCCCAUCUCUUUGUUUUACUUGCUUUGGAUUACUUCUUUUUUUCACUAUACCUAUCGUCGGAAAAAAAACGUGUAUAAUCGAUUAAAAAGUUACUUUUUGCAAAUAUUCUCACCACCAUUCUACUUAAUUAAGAUGAUCAUCGGGAUAAUUAAAAUCCUUCUUAUUUGUUUACAAAUUCAUUGGCGGUAAUUCGCAUACCCAAUUUUUUUCUAAAACCGCUGUGAGAUUUAAUUUCUAACAGAAAUGAGUUUUUAACGUUAAUGGUGCUUUUUGAUUCCGUUUUAGCUACACUUAUUCGGGCUCCUAACUCACAGUUGCAUUGAGAAUGAACUAUCUCUAAUACCGUUCUUUUAAACGGUCUGGAAAUUAAUGCGUAUUCCAUUUCGGCGAAUGAUUUGGGAAAUUCGUUUUGGUUCGAAUGACUUCAUUGUACUCUAAGCUUUGAUUUUAUUUUCUUAUAAGGAUGCCUAUCUAUAUAUGCAGAGUUAUUUAAUGCAAAUUGUAUGAGGUUUUGCGUGCACAUGAUAACGUCGGCGUAUUUGAUAGAUAGGGACGCUCCCGUGGUGUGCCCUCGGGUCUUCGCUUACGGGACGCAAUUAGAUUGCUUUUAUAGUCACUUUAUCGAAAAGAGAGAGCAUUAUAUUUAUGAAGCUAUCGUUUGUAAGUACAUAAUACUAACUAAUUAUAUUCAUAAACUCUUAUGUUUAGAUUGUAAUCUUCUCCUGCGUAUUAAUGUCCCUAAAUUCUUACAAAAUGACAUUCGACAAUCGUCCAGCAAUGUGCGUGUGCAUACAAUUAUUCACUUGGAAUGUUGGUAGAGUUGUUCUGAAUUGUACUGCUUUAAAUUUAAUUUUGCUUAAUCAAUUUAAGUUGCCGCAUUAGAAAAUUACAAAUUCUGAUGUCAUUUAAAGUUGGAUUAGAAAUUUCCCACAAUUUGCAGCGCCUUGUCGUUUGUGAUCGCGUGGCUUCUAUUGUGAGUCUCAACAAUGUUUGUUUUAUUUAUUAUUCUGUGUUAAUUAUAUUCCAAUAGUGAAAGUAAAGUUCGUAUUUACUUGCAUUAUCCGGAUUUCUUCUGUCGUGUUCGAAAUUUCACUGGAACGAUAUUAAACAUUUUAUAAUUUCUUA